AUGCCCGCAGGUGGCGCCGACAUUCACGGCGGAAUCCCCGGCGGGGUCUUUCCAGGAGGCAUUGGGGGGUUCCCAGGUGGGAGUGGUGGGCCAGAAGCGGCUUCUGCGGCGGCAAAUGCGGCGUCUCUUGGGGGGGCAGCGGUUGGUACAGUACCAGGCCAAGUGACUGGCGAAAAUGGCGGCAGCGGCGGCGGCGCUAGUGGCGGUAAAGGACAAGUGAUGCCGAACGAUUUUAUAGACGUGAGAGUAGUAGGUUCCAAGAAGCUGCAGGAGGCGGGCGGCUCCAUGAUUCCCGGAGGGGGUUCUUACGUGGCGUAUGUGAUUGAGACGAAGACGAAUGUGCCUGAAUACGGGGCCCCAUCUGCCCGCGUGGAAAGGAGAUUCCGCGAAUUUGUCGCCCUGGCUGACAGGUACACAGAACAUGGUGGAGAGGAGAGUCAGGUGCUCCAGGGGGCGGAGGAGAGUCAACCUCCCUCUGGUCCCAUCUUUCCCUCUCGUCCUUCUCCUCCCUACCGCAGUCUGAUCGCGGGUAUUCCAUCCCGGAGCGGCCGGACAAGAGCGUGGUGGAGAGUCAGGUGCUGUGCUCCAGGGGGCGGACUCAAAUUUUCCUGCCUGUUCCCCCUGGCGUCCUCUCCUCUCUUUCUUCCCGUUCUUACUUCUCCUCCCUUGACCAGAUUGGCCGAGACCCACCGCGGGUACUUCAUCCGGGUGCGGCCGGACAAGAGCGUGAUGGAGAGCCUGGUGGUGCAGGGGGCGGAGAUGACUCAACACCCGCCGUCUGUUCCCCCUGUCCUGUCCUGUGAUUUCAUCUCUUUCUUUUCCAGACUCGCAGAGACGCACCGCGGGUACUUCAUCCCGGUACGGCCGGACAAGAACGUGAUGGAGAGUCAGGUGCUGCAGGGGGCGGAGUUUGUGAAGACGAGGCAGGUGGAGCUCGAUAAGUACGUGCAGCGCCUCGCACGCCACCCUGCCAUCCGCCGGAGCGCGGAUUUGAUUUCCUUCCUGACGUCAUCCGAGAGAUUUCAGCCCGCCUCGUCAGUAGACAUCGCUUCCCGCGUACUGGAAGGUGCCGUGAAGCUUCCCCAGCAGCUGUUUGGGGCGGCAGACUCCAUCACGCCGGCAGAAGCUGCCAAACCGGCGGGCGGCGGGAGGAACCUUCUCAGAAUGUUCAAGGCGUUUGGGCAGUCCGUGGCGAACGAUUGGACGGGCAAGCCGCCAGCUGUCAGUGGUUCCACGUCAGCAGCAGGGGGAGGGGGAGGAGGAGGAACGUCCACGUCAGCAUUAGAAGCAGGAGCAGGAGCAGGAGCGGGAGCAACAGGCGAAGAAUCCGGAAACUCCAGCGGAAAGGGACAAACGGCGCCGACCGCAGCGGAGGUCGAGGCGGACGAGGCGCGGUUUGGUUCGGCCCGAGCCAAGCUGGCAGACCUGGACAAGCACCUGGCCGAGGCUACAGCCGGGGCGGUGCAGAUGAUGCAGGCCCAGGACGGCUGUAGCCGCAUUGUGGGCUCCCUGGGCAUCACGUUCGGGUCCCUGGCUAAGCUGCAGGGGCAGCGCCUGGCGGAGGGGGGCGCAGGGGGCGCAGGGGGAGGCGCAGGGGGAGGGGUAGGGACAAUGGUUGCCCCCUCCUCUUCCCCCAUUUCUUACCCCACUUCUUACCCCCCUUCUUACCCCCCUUCUAACCCCACUUCUUACCCCCCUUCUAAUCCCACGUCUUACCCCCCUUCUUACCCCACUUCUUACCCCCCUUCUUACCCCCCUUCCUACCCCACUUCGUACCCCACUUCUUUUCUUACCCCGCCCAUCUCUCCCCAUCAGUCUAUCCUCCUCGAGUAUCACAAGACAACAGCUGCCGCCCGGACGGCCCUCGCCGACCGGUCCCAGGCACUGCUGACGUGGCAGACACUGGAGAGCGAUCUGGGCGGCAAGAAGACAAAGCUGGACCGGUUGGGGUCGGUGGACGGAUCAGAUCCUGCCAAGCAGAAGAAGGCUCAGGAGUUGCAGAGGGAGAUUCAGGCGCUUGAGAAGGCUAAAGAGGCUGCUAUUAACGAGUACAGAAAGAUCACUGAGCGCAAUGCAUCAGAACUGCAGCGGUUUGAGAGCGAGAGGAAGCAGGAUUUUCUUGCCAUGCUGGGCAAUUUCGUACAGGACCAGGUGCUGUGUGCUCAGAAGAUGGCAGCAAUAUGGGCACCGGUGGGGGAGGAUCGCCCGUCACAGUCCUGA